AUGAUCGCGAUCAUCCUACUCGUGCUGACAUGCGACAUUGGUGACGGAGUGGACCGCCGAACAACCAUUGGUCACUGUCUGGCCGUGGCACUGAGUCACCAGACAGUCACCCUGGCUCUUGGACUGCUGGCCAAAUCGCAGCAUGUCGGAGACGUCUCCACCAUCAUUUCUGCAGCAGCAAACAUUGUCAGUAUCGGCGUCGCCAUGCUCGUUCUCAAUGUCGGGGGAAGCGUUUUCCGACAGAUUUGGCCAUAA